AAAGGUCUUGUAUUCAUAGCAGAAGAUUGCAAGAACAACUUCUAAUCUAUUUUCCAGCAGAGCAGACAAUCAGCAAGAGGAACCCUCCACAGCCCACUGAAUAUUUGGGGCAAGAAAUAGUUAGUAAGCUACGGAAGAGACGGACAGCAUGAGCACGUCAGGCAAAAUCAUUAAAUGCAAAGCAGCUAUUGCUUGGGAACUUAAGAAAUCACUUUCCAUUGAGGAGGUGGAAGUUGCCCCGCCAAAGGCACAUGAAGUUCGCAUUAAGAUUUUUGCCACAGGAAUCUGUCGCUCAGAUGAACAUGUUAUGAGUGGUGCACUAGCCCAGCCUUUUCCAAUUAUUCUUGGCCAUGAAUCAGCUGGUGUUGUAGAGAGUGUUGGAGAAGGCGUGACUUCUGUGAAACCAGGAGACAAAGUCAUCCCGCUCUUUGUUCCACAAUGUGGAGAGUGUAGUUCUUGCAUAAGCCCCAAAGGCAAUCUGUGCACUAAAUCUGACCUUACUACAAGUCGUGGAUUAAUGUGCGAUGGCACCAGUAGGUUCACCUGCAAAGGAAAAUCCAUUCAUCACUUUAUUGGUACGAGUACCUUCACUGAAUAUACAGUGGUGCACGAGACGGCAGUUGCCAAAAUUGAUGAACUUGCUCCUCCAGAAAAAGUGUGUCUAAUUGGCUGUGGAUUUUCCACUGGUUAUGGGGCUGCUAUCAAUACUGCAAAGGUAGAAGGUGGUUCUACCUGUGCCGUCUUCGGCCUAGGAGGAGUUGGCCUCUCUGUUGUCAUGGGCUGUAAAGCUGCUGGUGCUUCCCGGAUCAUUGGGGUUGACAUAAACAAAGACAAAUUUGCCAAGGCUAAAGAGUUAGGAGCCACCGAAUGCAUCAACCCUCAGGACUUCACAAAGCCCAUUGAAGACGUGCUGAUGGAGCUGACUGGUGGUGAUGGUGUAGACUAUUCCUUUGAAGUCAUUGGACGCAUCGAUACCAUGAAAGCUGCCAUGGCAUCCUGCCACAAGAACUAUGGGAUGAGUGUGAUUGUGGGAGUACCACCUUCAGCAUCACAGAUCUCCUUCAAUCCUAUGCUGCUCUUCAGUGGACGCACCUGGAAAGGAUCUGUUUUUGGAGGCUGGAAAAGCAAAGAUUCUGUCCCUAAACUAGUUGCAGACUACUUGGGAAAAAAAAUCAACCUGGAUGCAUUAAUAACCCACACUUUGCCUUUCGAUAAAAUCAAUGAAGGAUUUGAACUACUGCGCACAGGGAAGAGUAUAAGGACAGUCCUGAUCUUUUAGAAUCCCUGAAUGCUAGGAGGCAUGGAGAUUAUCAACAUCAUUACAACCUCAUUCAAAAUUUCCUGCCCACAAUAUCAUGUGAUCACAAAACAAAGUGUGGAAACUCUUGGAUGAUUCUUUGCUACUACCAGCUGAGUAAAAUCAACUAAAUUAAAGCUGGAGUUAGCUGCAUGGAUUUUGAUUCAUAUGGCAGCAUCUUUCUAAGCACAGGAUUUGAUUUACAGGAUGGUUGUCUAGAAAUCUUUUAAAUACAGAAAGGCUUAUGCGAAGGAAAUGAAUCUGCUUCCUACCAGCGUAGCCUAUAUAAAGGCCCUUCUCCAUUGAUGAUUUUAUUUGAAUCUUUUACACUUUAGAUGCGUUCUACACUGAUUACUCAUGGUUUAAUUAGUACAAUUAUAAGCAUUUGAAACCUACAGUACUUGCCAUCUCAAACACGAGUAUGUUGUACAAUGCCUUGAUUCUUUUUUCCCCAGUUAUUUCACUACCUGGCUAUAUAUGAGAUGAGAGAGAAAUGUGUCUUUAGGUCUUUGUCUAGCAUCCUGGGAGGUAAAAAAAUGUCUUCAGUUUUGAUCCCUUAUCCAUUAUAAAAUAAUUUGGUUUUCUGUUUUCUUUGGGGAAGAAAAAAACACCCUCAAGGAAAAGGUAACUCCAGUACAGCAGUUCUCAAAAUCUUUUAAUGGGGGCCCCACUCCCUUAGGUUGACGCUCAAGCUGGUGGGGCCCAGAUUACAGCCCUCUCCCCACAUGGGUUGGAGUCCUUGUGCUUCUCUGUUGUCCUCUUCCAACUGGGACAGUGUGGCUCAGGCCUAACUGUCCAGGGCAGUGGGGCUCAGGAGGCGUCAAUUUUUACCACUCCCACCCAGGGCCGGCUUUAGGAAGUGCAGGGCCCAAUUCAAACAGUUUUCAUGGGGCUCCAGCACCCAGGAUUUUUUGUUGAGCCAAAAAACAAAACAAAAACAAACCAACCACCACACACAAAAGUUUCGGUAUAUUGCGUCAUAUAUUAUAAAUAUCAAGUUAAGAGGGAAGUCCCUCUUAAUUAUUGUACACCUCACCUAUGUUUUUAAAACUUUAUCUUCCUUGCCAGGAGGGAAGAGGGAACAGGGGGCCAGUGGGGACAGGUUUCUGCGGCUGGGGAGAGGGAACAGGAGGCGAGAGGGGGCAGAGAGUCCCCUGCAUGCGCCUCCUCUCAGGAUCCCCCCUCCAGAGGGAAGCCGGUCAAACCCCCCAAAACAUCCAAAACCUCUCUCGCAGUGCAGUGCCUGUCCCGGGGGCUGGGGCCAAACCCCCCUUCCCGCGAUGGGGCCAAACUCCCCUCCCGCGAUGGGGCCAAACUCCCCUCCUGCAGAGAAGACAAAAUCCCUGCGCUUGACUCACCCUUCCUGAGUCCUGCGGUCACGGUGCUGCAUGGAAGCCGCCGGCGCCGCGCUCCUUCUCCGGGGCCAACACCCCCUGCCACGUGCCCGACACGCCACAGAGCUGUGGUGGGGAAGAGCAGCCAGCGCACUUCCGGAUCCCCGGAAGUGGCGCGAAACUGCAGGCAGGACUUCCGCCCACCCCGGGGAAGUCGCCACUACGCUGGAGGUCGGUAGUGGGGCUUCUCGGGAGUGGGGGGAGAAUGGGGGGGGGCCCGAACAUCUCACGAUCCACUGGUCGAGGCCUUGCGAUCGACCAGUCAAUCGCAAUCGACCUGUUAGGGACCGCGGCUUUAGGGCGUGGGGCCCAAUUCAGGGGAAUCGGCGGAAUCAGCCUAAGGCCAGCCCUGCUUCCACCCAACCCCCGCUUGGGAUAUUGUGUAAUAAUUUUUGUUAUCAAAAGGGGGUUGCAGUACAAUGGUGUGUACAACCCCUCACUCUAGUGAUUAAAUCUUUCAAUAUAGUAUAUAAUAUUCAAUGAUGCAGUGAAAGAAAUUGCAAUAUAUGGCAUUAAUUAGCUGAGUAUUAUAGAACUUGUGUAUUUACUAGUUCUGUUUCUCAUAUAUAAUAUUUUACUCCUCAUUAUAGUCUGUUGUUAGCAGUUUUCAAUUCUCUUGAACCUGCAAGAACCCUCAACUGCUUCUGUAAGGCAGAAUCCUAAAACCUUUAUUCAAGUAUGAGUGUUUUAAUUUCUCCAUUUUUCUUUCUCUGAACUUCCAGUUCUCUUCUCGUGUCUGUUAGCUUUCUCACGCACUACAAACCUUGCUCCCUGAGUAACCACAGUCAAAAAUGUCUGAAUUGUUAACUCCAGUAGAUAUGUAACCAAGUCACAAAUCAAAAUACAUGGGAGUGUCAUGCUAUUGGAUGUGUUGCCCAUUUUUGCAGUUUCAACUUUCAUUGCUCUGAAAUCACUGUAUGUUAAUAAAAAAUUGAGACCAUUUAUA